AUGAAGGCAUUUUCGUUUCUUGCACUCCUCGUGUCGGUUUUUGCGUUCUUUAAGUUCUCCGUGGCCGCGGAGGUCGCCGAGAACCCCCCAAUCACCAACAAGGUGUACUUUGACAUUGAGCAGGGCGGCGAGAAGCUCGGCCGGAUUGUGAUCGGCUUGUUCGGCACCGUUGUGCCCAGAACCGUGGAGAACUUCCGGCAGUUGGCGGUUUCCGACGACCCCAAGUUCGGCUACAAGGAGUCGAUUUUCCACCGGGUGAUCCCCAACUUCAUGAUUCAGGGAGGCGAUUUCGAGACCGGCAAGGGCUACGGCGGCAAGUCCAUUUAUGGCGGCAAGUUCGACGACGAGAACUUCACGUUGAAGCACGACAGAAAGUACCGUUUGUCCAUGGCCAACGCGGGCAGAAACACCAACGGCUCGCAGUUUUUCCUCACCACGGCCGUGACCUCGUGGUUGAACGGCGCGCACGUGGUGUUUGGUGAGGUCGUGGAGGGCUUCGAGGUCAUUGACACCAUCGAGAAGACCAAGACCGACCGCGCCGACAGGCCUGUCAAGGAAGUCAAGAUUGUGGCCAGUGGCGAGUUGCCUGUGGAGGGCACGGAGAGCGCGGGCAAGGACGAGCUUUAG